UUGUCCAACAUACACAACGAUUGGACACUGCACGCCUGGCGCUCCAUACAAAUUACUUGUUUAUAGACUUACGGCCACUUCGACGACUCGAGGCCGUUUCUGUCCCCGGCCCCCAAAAACUGUAGUACGUAGCGUACAGUAAACAAGGAGUCAUUCAUUUGAUACUUUAAAUAGCCAUUAAGGUAAUUAACAAAUUUAUGUUAAUGUCAUGAUGAUUGCAUUCAAAGUUACAAAGGCUCUCAUUUGCCAGGUGAAGAUCAAUCAUUUAAAAAGACAUCUACUGCUUGCAACAACGAAUCACAGAUGCAGACACACAAAGAGUAAUUCAAAUAAACUACUCAGUUACAGGCCACCUGAUUGGGCAAGCCACCUUCAAAUGAUUCCAUUAGUGAAAGUUAAGAACCUUUCUGAGACUGGUUGUCAUGGGAACAUGUUAUUGAACAGUUUGAUGGGUGCAUCCAUGUACUUGGUUCCCAUAAAAGCUCAAGAGAAGACCGACCUUGAGCCAAGAAUGCAGCGGCUUGCCGACAGACUGCAAGAGGAAAAGGGUAUUAAAGCAUAUUCAAUCCCUAUUGGUGGAUCCAAUGUUGUUGGCCUCCAUGGUUACUUGUGUGGCUGGCAAGAACUCUUAGAACAGGGAGUGACUGACAGGUUUGAUGAUGUCAUACUGACUGUAGGCAGAGGUGGAACAGCAGCUGGUGUUGCUAUUGGCAACUUCCUUUACUGGAUCCCAUCUCAGCUUGAGUCUUUCUUAAUACUCAUUAUAAACCUUAAUGAUGAUAAUGAUGAUGAAUAA